CCCCACCCUUUCGUUCCCUCCACUCGGACCGUACACCCACCCCCCGCCUCUCCCAUCCACUCAUUCUCGCCACAUCUUCCAUCCAUCCUCUCCACAACACCGUCUCUUGCAAGUCAAUCAGGAGCAUCCCAUCUCUCUUCCCACUCCGUCUGGUCGCUUCAAGCGUCACAAGGCGUCCCUCAACGUCUGUUAUCAACCAGAGUGGAGGGCAUCCAUCUUGACUCUUACAACAUCCCGUUCUCCCUCCACCUCCACCCCCCUCCACCGCACUCGUCCACCUCCAUCCACCCUCACCAGGCAUCCUCUGGCCACCUCGAGACACCCCCCCCACCACUCCUUCACACCGCUAUGCCAGCCCGUCGCACACCCCAAGUAGGGCCCGACGGAAGUCCGCUUCCAGACACAAAGGAGAAAAUGACCUUUGGCUGCGCCUUCCCUGGGUGCGGACAGACAUACAGCCGCAUGGAGUACUUGAAGCGGCAUCAGCGAAAACACCAAGAUGAACGCCCGUUCCAAUGCAAGGACUGCACCAAAGCAUUCGCGCGAAGCGAUGUUUUGCUGCGCCACCGCCGCCGCUGCCAUCCCACGCCCCCGCCUCGGGACCGUUCAUCGCAUUCCCCCAUGCCUCCGGUUCGGGCAGCCCACCCUUCGGUGCCUAUCUCGUCUUCGCGGACAUCCGACCGUGAAGCUUCCCCUCGUCGUGCAGGUGCAAGUGGGACUACCGCCGGUCGUAAGCAUGCCCGCUCAUCGGGCGGCUCGGCCAGCGAGCACCCCAAUACCCGGCCCAGAUUGAGACUCAGCGAGGAGGAAGAGGACGAGGAUAGAUACGGCUCAAGGCUAACGCGCAAUGGCAUGGGCAAUGGCGGAGUCUUUGGCGUGUCCAACAACUACUACAAUGGAAACCCUGUCUCGACAGAUGACUACACGCCGGGUCUUCUGCCCAUGUUCCAGAACGCCACUGGCCCUUACCACAACAUGCACGAUCCCAAUCACCUCGAAGACGCUUCAGUCCUGCUCUCCAUGGCAUACCCCGGCGGAGUCCCCGGAUCCAAUUCAAACAAUUCGGAAACCAGCCCCGCCGACGCCAGCACCAACUGGGAGAGCGCUGACGCUGCCACGCUCAACCUCUUGGCAGGCGACACCACCAAUGGUGAUGCCGCCGCUGCUAUCGAGGCGGUUGCCGCCGCCGCUGCCGAAGAGGACGCCGACAAGCCCAACAAAACCGACUCGAGUUUUAACUCGGGCGCCGCCGAUGACCCGGCUCGGCCGGCGGCGCCGGGAGCUUUGCUGCCCGAGUCGAUGGGAAACGCGCUCGCUAAUGCCAUGGACUGGCUGGCUGGCGGCGCUGGUGUUGACAACUCGCCAGAUGAUUCCGCCAUGUCUGAUGCGUCGCGUCUACCCCACUUCAACAUGACCUCUCUCUUCCCACCCAACUUUGGUUCUUCUGGGCUCAACUCGGGCUCGAUCUCCAACGAGACCACUGCCAUGGCUAUCGCCGCCGCUGCGGCCGCCGCUGCCAUCCCUGAAGAGCCAAUCAUGACCACCACCUUGACAACAACUAGCACCGACAGCAACCACAUUGUCAGCAACAGCAGCAGCGAGGAGAAUGAGACCGCCGCCAUGGUCAGGGCCAUCCUCGAACAGCUUUACAAGAAUGAGGUCCCUGAGACUCGGUCGAACCCCCACCCCGAGCGUCCACUACUCCGGAUCGCUAGUAAAGAGGUGCUGGUCCGCGCAGGUGAUGAGUGCCCUAAAAGCUCGCGCUUCUACCUGCCCGCAGACAGAUUCACGGGGUGCUACCAGAUCCCUCACUGGGCUCUGCCGCCACUCCGCACGCUGUCCGUCAUGGCGGCGCGCACGUACUACUCGGUUCUCAACCACUUCCCCUUCGUCCACGACCCGACCUUCCAGCUGAUAGAUACGGCAGCGUGCCUAGCCUUUGCCAUCUGUACUGUCGGAGGCAUCCGGCUGAGCAAAGCCAACAAGUCGACCAGCAACCUCCUGAUCGGCGAGAGUCCGGCUGCCAGCGCGCCGUCCCCGUUGUCCGCUGGCGGCGUUUGGGAAGGCGUCGGCGCCGACUUUAAGGUUGCAGCUGACGCCGAGGAUCCCGAGGACCAGCGACGUGUGCUGGAGUGGGAAGCUGGGCAGAUCGUCCGCCACGAGAAGACGAACAUGCUGGUCAAGUCGUUCUCCCUCGCACAGGGCGUGCUCAUGACUGACUACAAUGUUGCGCUUCUCCAGGCGCUCAUCCUCUACCACGCCCCUUACUUCCUUUCUAACAACGAAAAGGAGCGCCGCCAUGCCAACCUGUUUUUGGGCACUAUUGUCAACAUUACGCGCCAGAUCGGCUUCUUCCAGACGGGCAUGGAGCACACCGACCCGAACUCGCACCUUCCUCCGCCCGACUCGGCCCCGGCGGACCUUGACCGGGUGUGGCGUCGCUGGAUACAGCUCGAGUCGCGCCGCCGCACCGCGUAUUUGGUUUACCACCUCGACACAGUCUCAGCACUCGAGUCGUCUAUUCCGCCUAUUAUUACGCCAUCUGAACUCGCCAGCAUCCCUCUGCCUUCGCCCAACACGCUGUGGCAGGCAGAGACGGCUCAGGCAUGGGCCAAGGCGGUGCAAACCUACCGGCCUAUGACGCUCGAUGAGGCGAUGCGCCGCACCUUUGGCCUCCCGUCGUCGGGCAGGGUAGACGAGGUUCCCAGCAUCAAGGAGUUCCAGCGGGACGUAUUUGCCGAGGGCGAGUACGGGCCAUUCGCGCGCACAGCAGUCGUCAUGACCCUCGUUCGUGGGGUCAUGGACCUUGGCGAGGGGCGCCGUGACCGCGGCGACUGGAGGGACUUGACUGACCUGUGGUUGUCAACGGCACACCUCCGCCCAGCCGACACGUGCUUCUCUUCUGACGGCACCGACCUGGGUCCUUGCACGCAGGAGGCGCUGCGCGCCCGUUUUGCGCUAGCGCUCCAGAGAUGGCGUGAGGGCUGGCUGCACGACACGAUGUGCAACAACCUUUCCGCGAGCACAAGCCCCUCGUCCGAGGUGCUCACUCCCAAGCUUACCCUGGAAGUGCUGAACGGCGACCACUCGCCUCGUCCACAUGGUAAGCUCGCGUACUGCGAGGAGGCGAUGCCGUUCUUCUUCCUCGCGCAGGGCUUGCUUAGCAAGCUUGGCUCGGCGCCGGGGCGGGACGGCAAGCAUCGCCGUAACGCGUUUGCCGAGACGUCAUACUCGGAGCUUCUCGACGCAUCGCGCACCCUGGCCCGUGCGGGUGCAACGUAUACCCCGAGCCCGACUAAUCCGUAAAGUGUCUGAUAUUGUAUGAUUAGCAACGGCUGGUGAUCUGGGCUCGUCGUUCGUAGUUGCUACCCAUGUAGAGAUUGAUGGAGCGGUGUGUGGGUG